UGGUGAAAUUCCAACAUGGCAGUGGCUGUGGUCAGUGUUUCCUGCGUUCACUUGGGAUGGUUUCAGCUCGCACGCAACCCGGCUUAACCUCGGCACCCCCCGUUCAUCAGCAGAACCCCUCCCCGGGAUCGAUGCGACCCUAACCCCCCACGUGAGAGGUCGACCUGUCGCUAAAAAAAAGCAGCACGAGAUGAUCAGCAGCAGCAGCGUCUAUGGCUUGAAGAUGCAGUGGACCCCCGAGCACAGCCAGUGGGCCGAACAGCAUUUCGACAUUUCCUCCACCACGCGCUCCCCAGCCCACAAGGCUGAGGCCUACAGGGCGGUACCUGGCCACCUGCAGCGCUCAGCCACCUACCAGUACGCCUGGGCCAAUGACGACAUCUCAGCCCUCACGGCCUCCAACCUGCUCAAGAAGUAUGCCGAGAAGUAUUCCGGCAUUCUGGAGAUGCCGGGCUCCUAUUCUGAGGCCCCAGGGGUGAUGAACGGACGGAAAGGUGAAUCAGAGCCCUGGCAGGAUGGCGUUUACCCCAUGAGCUGCAUCCCCGAGGGGGUUUCCGUCAGAAAGGGAGGGGUGGCGGCAGCCUCGGAGGUGGUGUCUGGCAUGUGCAGCUCCCCGGGCCUGGCCUCCAGCACCCUGAGCGAGCCCAGCUACUCCAGCAGCAGCUGUGGAAGCCACUCUGCCACUGCUCUCCACUCCUCCAUGGCCUCUCAGGAAUAUGGCCCCCCAUACAGCAGCUCCUACCUGCACAGUAGUUACAGCUCCCAGUCUGCCCCCGCCCCAGCACUACCCUCCCCACUGCACAGCUCUGGGCUCCUGCAGGCGCCCCCUCCGCCGCCCUCCCACCCCACUCUAGUCCCAGCUUACAACGGAGGCUCCCCCAACUUGUCUAGUUAUAAUUACCCCCCAGCAGGAUACCCAGCUCAGAGCUCAGUCGGGCCAGGAUACAGCCCUGGGGGAGCACCCCCUCCAUCCUCAUAUCUCCCCUCAGGCAUUGCUGCACCUACACCCCUUCCCCCAUCUUCUGCUUUACCUGGAUACCCAUACCAGAGCCACAACCUGACCCCGAUCGCCCCCACCCCUCUCAACAGUAGCUCCUCCCACUCACUGAAGAGGAAAGCCUUCUACAUGACCGGCCAAGGAGAGAUAGACUCCGCUUAUGGUAACUUUGGCUAUGGCCAGGCUCGGAGCUCGGCUGAGAGCCCCAUGUACAGGAUAGCAGACAGCAGCAGUGCAAACGGAGGCGGCUCCAACAGCGUUAGCGGUGGUGGAUUUGAUAGAAGUGCUGAAAAGUCGUCUUUACCUUUUAAUCCUCAGAAGCAGUCCACGAUGUCCUCAGAGCAGAGGAAGUACAGCAACCAGGCAACAGGCGGGCCACUGACUCCGCCAGCCUAUGUCACCUCCACCCUGGGGGGUUCCCGCUCAGCAGAUUCCCUUGCCAGCUUCACCUCCCCUUCCCUCAGUGAGCAGGGUGCCGAUGAUCACCGUCUCCACCUCUCGCACUCAGCGCCGGGGCCUACCUCCUCCUCAUCCACUUCCUCCUCCCGGCAUGCCGAAGAGCAGCUGAAAACCAGUGACCCUCACCUCCUAGACAUGGUUACCUCUGAAAUCGUUCAGCAGGGGCCCCCGGUGGAUUGGAGUGACAUUGCAGGACUAGAACUGGCCAAGGCAACCCUGAAGGAGGAGGUCCUGUGGCCCAUUCUGCGUCCGGACAUGUUCAGCAGUUUAGGUCCAGCACCCCGUUGCGUGUUGCUGUUUGGCCCCAGGGGCAGUGGCAGGACGUUGCUGGGUCGCUGCCUGGCCAGCCAGCUGGGGGCGCCUUUCCUCCAGCUCAACGGUUCCACGUUGGCCACCAAGUGGCUGGCAGAGGGAGAAAAAAUUAUCCGAGCGUCCUUCCUGGUGGCGCGCUGCCGGCAGCCUUCGGUACUGUUCAUUAGUGAGGUGGACAUGCUGCUCUCAGCCCACCUCAGUGAAGAGAGUCCCAUCAACCGGCUGAAGGGGGAGCUACUUACCCAGUUGGACUCACUUCUCAUGGGCUCAGGCGACGACGGCAACCAAGUGUUGGUGGUCUGCUCGACAAGCAGACCCCGGGACAUGGACGAAGGGCUGCGCAGGUACUUUGCUCGAAGGGUCCUUGUGCCACUGCCGGAUGGCGUGGCCCGACACCAGAUCGUGAGCCAGCUCCUGGCUCAAUCUCAGCACAAAUACUGCAUGAGCGAGGAGGAGCUGGCGCUGCUGGUCCAGCGUACCGAGGGCUUUUCUGGACUGGACCUGGCCAGACUCUGCCAAGAGGCCCUUGUAGGUCUGUUACAUGUCUCUGCACAGGGCAUGGACAUGUCGGGUAUGAUGCCCAGGGGACAGGUCAGGCCCUUCACCUACCAGGACUUUGAGAGUGUCUUUUGUAAAUUCCAAUCCAGUAUAUCACAGAAAGAGAUUGACACGUACACUGAGUGGAACAAAAUGUACGGCUGCAGCCAGUGAAAAGAUAGAUUCUGCCCUUGAGAAAAAGAGGCAUCCACAAUUCCUCCCCUCAGGGCAGAAGCAUUGUGCUGGAGGGAAAGGCACACAGAAGGCCAACACAAGCCCACUGAGAUCUCACAAGCAGGGGUUAGACGCACCGAGAGACCUGGUUUGACGAGACAACUGGCAGUUUUGCAGUUAAUGAGCAAGAGUUUUAAUUUGAAUGCUUGACACUCCAGAAAGCCAGGCAUUGUUUACACAUUGAAAGCAAGUUGGCUUUAGAAGAGACGCCCCAGUGUCUGUGUAUAUAUCGUUAUGUUCUUGUUGUUGAGAUUUAUUUGGCUAUCCAAGUGCCUGAAGUGGUGCUUUCUGAUUUUCUUUUUUUUUUUUUUUUUUUUUUUUUUUUUUUGCCUCACAAUCUACAUUCAUGGCAUGAGCUGAUGAUUAUUAAGAGCUUUAAAACUUCAGCGGUGAGUCUGAAAACCAGAGAUUGACAGUUGCCAUUGGUGGUGGUCAAUCAUUCUUUGUCUUGCUAAGAGCAGAAAUCCAUCAGGGCGGCAGUAGUCUGGGCCCUGACUCGCACUCAUCUCUUCUGAACCUUUGUCUGCAAAACAAGCAAACGUAACAAACUAAACUCAGGAAAGCGUUUGUAAAUUGUACAGUACCUCAAGCUAUCUUGACGAAAAGCACUAAGAUCUGAGAGGAGAAUCCGAGGUGGUUUGGCAGUUUAUGUUUAGCAGAGCACUGUUAUGUGUACCUCAAGUGGCUAGGAUAAAUAGCAAAGAGGUGACAAUGAAUGUACUAGAUAUUUUCUGGAAUGAUGGAGCAUAAUCAAUAGUGAAAGACAAAAAAACAUUAUUUCUUUUUCUUUUCCCCCCCACAGCAGGUGCUCUAGUUACCUGUUUCUACUUGACCAAUCGCUUAUUUCCAUUGCUUUAAAAAAAUUAAAUCACAUUUUAAAAGCCACAAAGCAGUGUCCCAGCUGUGCUGUUUGGGGGUUUUAAGAGACAAGCCGGUGUUGGGGUUGAGUUGUAUAUUUAUUAAAACAACCAUAAUCAACAUUGUUUAUAUUACGUGAUCUAGGCUGUAUGGUUAGGCUGCAUGGAGGCUCCAUCAGUUUGUCAGCUAACUUCUGCGCAAAAUAAUGGCUCGUUUGUCAUACUGUUUAGUGAGAGGAGAUGUAUUCUCUGAUGAGGAUACGCUUGAUGCUAAAAACCUCUCCAAAAAAUUUAAAGAAAUAGUUCGACAUUUUGGGAAAUUCCCUUGUUUGCUUUUCUUACCGAUGGUUAAAUGAGAAGAUCCAUCUAGUGCCAGUAGCGGAAAGCAUAGCUUGGCAUUAAAACUGAAAACGGGGAAACAGCUAGCCUGCCUCUGUCAGAUCUGUACGAAAACUGAAGUGAAAAACAAAAGAUUUUUGGUUGUAUGUGCUGCUAAGCUGCUGGCUGUAGCCUUAUAUUGAAAGGACAAACAUGAGAGUGGUAUCGACAUUCUCAUCUGACUCUUGGCAAAUAAGCGUUUCUCCCAAAAUGCCAAACUACUCUUUUAAAUCCCAGCGAUAUCAAAAGAACAAUUAUUCUCUUUGUGUUAAUUACAUGUUUUACUUAAUGUCAUUUGAUUUAUUUUACUCCAGGUGGUUUCAGCCAGAAAUGCUGUAUUGGAAAUCAGUGAGCAGCACAUCUGUUGCAUUCAAUGAAAAUCUGUUUUCAUAACAGUAAACUAGGAUUAAGGGAGCUCAUUCCAGAUAUCCUGCCAGUUUUUAAGUUGGAUUUAAUAGGUGCCACAGCCUAUAUAUGGAAAUAUGGAUUUUGCAAUGUUGCCUUGUCACUCACACAGUUUAGCUGGAUUUGAACUGGAUAAGCUGGAGAAUGGGAUGCCGCUCCUGUAAUUUAAAUUAGAAACCGUUAUUCAUUCAGUACAUAUCUUACAUGCCUAUACCUUAAAGUGUGCAAAAAAAAAAAAAAAAGUGUAAUUUCAUAAUAGCAAUUCUGGUUGAUUGACAUCUCUGUAAUGCAACUAUUAUUUUUAUUGUAGUGGCCAUGUUCAUGUCCAAGCAGCAGGAGUUUACGCAGUUAGCAAGGACACUAUUUUAAUCACUUUACAAUCAGAAAAGAAGUAUUCAAAUAUGUUUUACCCAAAAUGACCCAGACCCAGAUUCAAACAUCAUUCUUUUCCUCGACCUGAACUGUGUUAAUCAGUUUUAUGUUUCACUAUAUUUACACAAAUGACAUCGAAAUGCAUUUGGAUACAUACUUCAGUUGACUGAAAAGCUUUGUAACAUGAGUGAGGAAUUGUGGCAUCAGUCUUGAAGUCCUUCAUCUCUGAAGGUUAUCUGUUCUCCAUUGUGUUCCAUUGGAAUGUAUUUUUGUCUCUUCCUUGUCACCAUGUAAGAAGCUGUCCUUUAGCUCCACUGUUGUGACACAGGAGUACUUAAAAUAGUUUAAUGUACGUGCACUAAAGCAUUUUGUGUGUUAUAUUGUUUUGUUGAAAUGUAUUUGCUUUGUCUGUCCGGUAUUUAUCCUGAAGGAGAUUUCAUUUAUGAACCAAUGAUCAGUUUCCAACUUUUAUUGUACAUCCUGUUUUAUUUUAUUUUUAACAAUAUCUGAAGUAGGAGCUGCAUACUGUAUGCUCAGGCCCACUCUGUGCUGCUAUCUCUGGUCUAGACACCAUCAGUGCAGCACCUGAUGUGGGGGGGGGG